AUGUAUACAAUUUUUAUCUUUUUAUUAAAUAACUUUUAAUAACAAAAUUUGUAAUUAUAAUUGAGCUUAUAAAAUGGAUAGCUAUGAAGAAACAGGAAGCGAUGACGAAAGAACUAACAAUGGUACUCCGGUACAGAAUGACGGUGGAAGACAGGAGAUAAUUGAUUAUAAUGCGACUCAAUCCAAUGAGGGAAGAACGCGAUCAAGAUCACCGAUUGUCCCUAUCAGAGAUCACUCAUGGAAGAGUGUCAAUGCAUUUAUUAAUUAUACAAGUGACUUCAGGAAGGUUUAUACUGAAAAUCAAAAUGAAACUCCCAGUAAAACAAACCGACAAAAUUUUUUGAAACAAGCUGGAGAAAAAUGGAAGCAAAUGUCUCAGGAACAAAAGCAGCCGUAUAUCGAUGGUGCUAAGAGAAUACGAAAGUUGAAAGCCGUGGAACGACGAAAAAAGAGUCAUCAACAUGAAGAAAAAGAAGCACCACAAUUGAAAAUGAAGAGACCUAGAAAAGCGACUAAGAAUAAAAGCUAUCGCGAGGAUGAUGAAGCUAAACCCAAGAAGAAAAAGAAGAAUAAGGAUAUUCAUUACAAAAACGUGAUAAUUAAAAAUAUUUCCGACUCCAGCAGUGACUCUGAUGAUCGUUAUGGAUCAAAAAGAAGCGACACAAGCAUCUAAAUUUAAAAAUCCAACUUGUAUUAUUUU